AUGUUCAAACACAAACAUCAUCAGGAUCCGGCUCUUUUUGAAAUCAGACUCCGGUCUCCACAUAAAAAUUUGUUACUCAUAAAGGGUAAUGAACAUGAAUGUGACCGUGUUCCAUUCCAAGGAAGUAUUAAAUUAUCGAUUCCAGAAGAUAUUCAUGUUAAGAGGAUUAAGUUAAGGCUUAUUGGAGAGUACAAGUUGGAAUACUUUGCCAGAGAUAAUGCUGGGAUGGUUUGUGAUCUCAUCAGUUCAACUAAUUGUGUCCUUGAUAUUGAAUGGCCAAAUUUAUUGACUGAUGAACAAGGAGAAUUAGUGUUUGGAGAUUAUGGAGAAACGGUUAAGAAGAUGAGUAAGAAGAAGUCUCAUUCUAAUGGGAACUCCACCACGUCACUUGGUGGUAAAUCAGCCAUACGUACAAACGAAAGCAGGCCUACGUUUAAUAGAGCAUCAUCUCAACCACUAGUGAUGAAAUCCGGAACAUCAUCUGCAUCUUCAUCUACCUCAGAUUUACUUCAAAUCCCCAAGAGUGGGGUUGAUGGAACUCCAUUUAAAGACCGUGGUGCCACUGCGAAGACAUCUUUCUUACUCCCCAAGGGAAAUUAUAAUAUCCCAUUUGAAACAUUUUUACCAACAAAUAUAUCGGAAACCGUUGAAGGAUUGAAUUGUGGACAUGUAUUGUAUCGAUUAGAAUGUCAAAUUGAAAGAGGUAGAUUUGAAAAGCAAUUCCAAACCAGUAAACAUUUGAGAAUUGUUAGAACAUUACAUCCACAGAAUUUAAGCUUAAGUGAUACUAUUGAUAUCAACAAUACAUGGCCAAAUAAGGUCCAAUAUGCUGUAAGAGUGCCUAAAAAGGGGGUUGCCAUGGGGUCUACUGUCCCCAUCAAUAUAUUAAUUGUUCCUAUUGCUAAAGGUUUAUCAUUGAAGGGUAUAUCAGGAGUAUUGGUUCAACAUUAUCAUGUUUCUAUACCAAAUUCAUUUGCAUCACCUGAAUUUGAAGAGAUAUUUGCUAAACAAAAUAUGCCAAUGACUAAGCCUGAAGAUUUCUCAUUAGAUCAAUGGAAUAUUAAGAGCCAUUUCAAACUUCCAAGUAAAUUAAGUGAAGUGACUCAAACAUGUGAUAUUAAGGAUAGUAUGAUUGUGGUUAAACAUAGAUUAAGAAUUUCUAUUCAAUUAUUAAAUAAAGAGGGACAUGUUAGUGAAUUAAGGGCAAAUUUACCUAUCGUUCUUUAUAUCAGUGCCAAUUCUGGACAUGUUGAAGCACAUCAUUUUGAUAUUGAUGCACAUGGUGCAUUUUUGGAGAAUAAAACCAUUGAAGAUAAUUUAUUUAAAAGAGAUGUUAGUGCUAACCAUUCAUUGAAUAAUAGUAGCACUAAUCUUGCCGCUGAAAAUGAACAAUCUAGUGACGAUUCUUCCGAUAAUGAUGCUGAUAGAGAAGAAGCUGCACCUCCAUUGUAUCAACAACAUAUGUUUGAUAAGAUCUAUGAUUCUACACUCCCACAAACUCCAUUAGAACAAUUUAGAAGUCAAAGUGCACAAGCUUCACCGGAGGGAUCUACUGUUAACUUGGACAGUUAUUUCAACAUGCCUAGAAGUAUUGGAGAAGCAUUUGCAAUGGAAAAUAAAAAGAAUAAAAAAUCAUCUCAUCAAUACUCAAGUUCACUUGAUGUAUCUGCUCUUUGCAUGGUUCCAUCAUAUGAUCGUGCAAUUGAUGAGGAUACAGACGAGGAAAGUGCCGACUUGGCACCUUCCUACAGUAACGGAUCAUCUAAAGAAUUAGCAAUUGAUAUACCUACUGCUAGACCAAUGUUACCAAGAGCACAUACUGAAAGUAGGUUCUCAUCACACAAAAGGGCAUCCAAGCUUUUCUCAAGAAAAUAG